AUGGCAAGCAGUUGCUUCACUAGCCAGUUCAAGAGAAAGGAGGUUUAUUUGAGAUUAAGGGAGCUGACAGUUUUCAGUUCUUCAUUAAGACUAGGACUAUACACACCAGCCUAUGGAGGCUUCUUUGAAUCUGAUCUUCAAAAGGAAAAGAAGAUAUCUCUGAGAACUCUGAUUGAUCCAUCAGCGGUGGAGAGCUUCGGCGGUGGCAGCAGGGUCUGCAUCAUGGCCAUAGUUUAUCCCGUAGAGGUUGUCGACAACGGGGCCCACAUGUAUGCCUUCAACAACGGCAAUACCACGAUCAGAGCACAUAAAUAGGGAAAAUAUAGCUGCUGAUUUCCUUAACCUCUAGGAUUGAUCAUAUCUUAUAGUUUAUUGUCAGUGUUAGUAGGGAACUGCCCGAGUAUUGCAUAUUUAGUUUGUGCAAGUCUGC